AGGCCUGGACCCUCGUGAUUGGCUGAUAGGAGGAGCCAGCAAGUGUGGCUGAGCUCCGGGGUGUGUGGACGCCGCUUUGUUGCCUGAGGGGGGUGGCGGUGGAAGUUAAGGGAGUCAGGGGCUAUCGCUUCUCGAGACUCGCAGUCGCGGCCACUGCAGUCACUUCGCCAGUUAGCCCUUAGGGUAGGAGUCGCGCCGGCAGCAGCCAUGAGCGGCGGCGUGUACGGGGGAGAUGAAGUUGGAGCCCUUGUUUUUGACAUUGGAUCCUAUACUGUGAGAGCUGGUUAUGCUGGUGAGGACUGCCCCAAGGUGGAUUUUCCUACAGCUAUUGGUAUGGUGGUAGAAAGAGAUGACGGAAGCACAUUAAUGGAAAUAGAUGGCGAUAAAGGCAAACAAGGCGGUCCCACCUACUACAUAGAUACUAAUGCUCUGCGUGUUCCGAGGGAGAAUAUGGAGGCCAUUUCACCUCUAAAAAAUGGGAUGGUUGAAGACUGGGAUAGUUUCCAGGCUAUUUUGGAUCAUACCUACAAAAUGCAUGUCAAAUCAGAAGCCAGUCUCCAUCCUGUUCUCAUGUCAGAGGCACCGUGGAAUACUAGAGCAAAGAGAGAGAAACUGACAGAGUUAAUGUUUGAACACUACAACAUCCCUGCAUUCUUCCUUUGCAAAACUGCAGUUUUGACAGCAUUUGCUAAUGGUCGUUCUACUGGGCUGAUUUUGGACAGUGGAGCCACUCAUACCACUGCAAUUCCAGUCCACGAUGGCUAUGUCCUUCAACAAGGCAUUGUGAAAUCCCCUCUUGCUGGAGACUUUAUUACUAUGCAAUGCAGAGAACUCUUCCAAGAAAUGAAUAUUGAAUUGGUUCCUCCAUAUAUGAUUGCAUCAAAAGAAGCUGUUCGUGAAGGAUCUCCAGCAAACUGGAAAAGAAAAGAGAAGUUGCCUCAGGUUACGAGGUCUUGGCACAAUUAUAUGUGUAAUUGUGUUAUCCAGGAUUUUCAAGCUUCGGUACUUCAAGUGUCAGAUUCAACUUAUGAUGAACAAGUGGCUGCACAGAUGCCAACUGUUCAUUAUGAAUUCCCCAAUGGCUACAAUUGUGAUUUUGGUGCAGAGCGGCUAAAGAUUCCAGAAGGAUUAUUUGACCCUUCCAAUGUAAAGGGGUUAUCAGGAAACACAAUGUUAGGAGUCAGUCAUGUUGUCACCACAAGUGUUGGGAUGUGUGAUAUUGAUAUCAGACCAGGUCUCUAUGGCAGUGUAAUAGUGGCAGGAGGAAACACACUAAUACAGAGUUUUACUGACAGGUUGAAUAGAGAGCUGUCUCAGAAAACUCCUCCAAGUAUGCGGUUGAAAUUGAUUGCAAAUAAUACAACAGUGGAACGGAGGUUUAGCUCAUGGAUUGGCGGCUCCAUUCUAGCCUCUUUGGGUACCUUUCAACAGAUGUGGAUUUCCAAGCAAGAAUAUGAAGAAGGAGGGAAGCAGUGUGUAGAAAGAAAAUGCCCUUGAGAAAGAGUUCCCAAGCUUCUACCUUCCUUUUGUCACCUUACGUUUCAUAGCUUUAGUAUACUCAGGAAAAGAAUGACCAUCUUUUGUAGAAUGUUUAUACAUUUUUGCAUAUUUCAAUUUCCACUUAAAUUUUUUAAAGCUUUAACUGGCUCUAUAAAUUAAGUUUGUGCUUUCCUUGAAAUGCACUUAUUAUUACAAGCAUUUUAUAAUUUUGUAUAAAUGUCUAUUUUCUCUAAAUAUUUUGCUUUCAGUAAAAUGCUUUCCAACUCUGUUUAGUGUAUUAAUUACCAGUGGAUUGGUAGAAUUGCUUUUUAUUGACUAGUAAAAGUUACUGCCUAUGCUUUUUACCUUAGGCUUACAGAAUUAAAUAAAAAUUAGCCAUUCCAGAAAUAUA